AGGGAAGAAAGAAAAGAGUCGCGCACGAGCAGUUCAAAAGAAGGAGAAAGGUUUUUGUUGUCCUUCCUGGACAUCGUUGGUUAGCAUCUUAGCACUGACAUGGAUUUAAACCUAACGUCAUACUGUACUGUGUUGGAUAAAAAGAGCCAGUCUAAAUUUCUGUGCUACACACAGAAAAAAAACGGAGUACUUUGUGUUAGUUUGACUGAUGCUGCUGAUGUUUGGAGCACAGACUACACUGAGGACACACUGAACCAGUUUAGACAGAGGUUUGCCUUGAAAUCUACAGAGGAUUAUAUUUUAAAACUCAGGUUGGGUUGUGGUAGCGGGGACGUGUCUGCUGUGGUUCAUGACACCGGGGCAGAGCUCCAGGUGGGCUCCAGUCCUGAUGACAUGACUGUGAACUUAGUCAGACUGGAAGGGUCUAAGGCCACAGAGGAACUGAAGGAGCUGCUGUUCAGGAUGGCUGACAGCCUCAAUCAGAUUGACAUUAGACCUUCUGCCAUCAGUCCAGUGAAAAAUCACCAGAGGCGUCCCACAGAGUUUGGACCUUGGCAGCAGCAGAGUUGUGCUCCAUUAAUGACUGUGAAGAGACGACUUCCAGGGACUUCCCUCAUCAACCCAGGAACUAAAAAAAAGCUGCAAGCGACUGGUGUGGCCUUUGAUGAUGCAGAUGAAGACUGAUCCUUUCAUCAACACAAACUCUUUUUGUCCUCCGUGUUCUUAGGCUGCUGCUGCACAAACAAGAAAUGUUCUUUUAAUCUAAUAACACAACAUUAUGAAGUUGAUACAUAUUUUUACACAGCUACUUGACUAUCUUUAUGGUUUACCUCACAUCACAAUGAAAAAUUACAUCACAUCGAUGAGCAUCAUAUUCUUAGACCUCCCUCCUGAAUCAUGCUUUAACUUCUGAUAUGUAUUUAAUUUAAUUUGGAAAUAAAAUAACAAAUAAAUUGCAACAAAUCAGCUCUGACUUUA